UGGAGAGGAGACUGGGUCAAGAAGUAAGGCUGGUGCUUGGAGGGGACAGCGGACAGAAGUGGGUAAGGUCAGAAAAGAGCGGGGGGGGGUCGAGUGAGGGCUGCUAAGUUGGAAGCCCCAGAGGUGAUAAGUUCUGAGGUGGUUUGAAAAGAAAGGCUGGGCCAGGGAAAGGGAGUUAGAGGGAGGUCCUGGGGUGUGGAGGAGAGCUGAGCCGGGGAUCCAGUACCAGGUAGAGCACAAGCUGGGUUGGGGGCUCAGUAAGCAAUGAGCAGGCGGAGCCGGCAUCUGAAGCUAGUAUAAAGAGAAGCAGAACCCAGCUGGGGGCAUAUCAGUCCAGAGGUUGGUACAAGCUUAGGGUAACCUGAGGAGAGGGCUCAAAGAGGGGACCCUACAAAGAGGCCCUAGGCCAAGCCAGUGUAGUUCCUCCCCCCAUGGGGGAAACCCCUUGCUGGGGCCAACGGAGCCAUGCUGUCCCGAAAGGGCAUUAUCCCUGAGGAAUAUGUGCUGACCCGGCUGGCAGAGGACCCUACAGAGCCCAGGUACCGUACUCGGGAGAGGAGGGCCCGCUUCGUGUCCAAGAAAGGCAACUGCAACGUCGCCCACAAGAACAUUCGAGAGCAGGGCCGCUUCCUACAAGAUGUGUUCACCACGCUGGUGGACCUCAAAUGGCCCCACACGCUGCUUAUAUUCACCAUGUCCUUCCUGUGCAGCUGGCUGCUCUUCGCCAUGGUCUGGUGGCUCAUCGCCUUCGCCCACGGUGAUCUGGCCCCCGGAGAGGGCACCAACGUGCCCUGCGUCACAAGCAUCCACUCCUUUUCAUCUGCCUUCCUUUUCUCCAUCGAGGUCCAGGUGACGAUUGGUUUCGGCGGGCGCAUGGUGACAGAGGAAUGUCCCGUGGCCAUCCUUAUUCUCAUUGUGCAGAAUAUCGUGGGACUAAUGAUCAACGCCAUCAUGCUGGGCUGCAUCUUCAUGAAAACGGCCCAGGCCCAUCGGCGAGCAGAAACCCUCAUCUUCAGCAAGCAUGCUGUGAUCACCCUGCGCCAUGGCCGCCUGUGUUUCAUGCUUCGUGUAGGGGACCUCCGAAAGAGCAUGAUCAUUAGCGCCACCAUCCACAUGCAGGUGGUGCGCAAGACCACCAGCCCCGAGGGCGAAGUUGUGCCUCUCCACCAGGUGGACAUCCCCAUGGAGAAUGGCGUGGGUGGUAACAGCAUCUUCCUGGUGGCCCCGCUCAUCAUCUACCACGUCAUCGACUCCAACAGCCCGCUCUACGACCUGGCUCCUAGUGACCUGCACCACCACCAGGACCUGGAGAUCAUUGUCAUCUUGGAAGGCGUGGUAGAAACCACAGGCAUUACCACGCAGGCCCGCACCUCCUAUCUAGCUGACGAGAUUCUGUGGGGGCAGCGCUUUGUCCCCAUUGUGGCCGAGGAGGAUGGCCGCUAUUCUGUGGACUACUCCAAGUUUGGUAACACCAUUAAAGUGCCCACACCACUCUGCACAGCCCGCCAGCUUGAUGAGGACCGCAGCCUGCUGGAUGCCCUGACCCUCGCCUCCUCGCGAGGGCCCCUGCGCAAGCGCAGUGUGGCCGUGGCGAAGGCCAAGCCCAAGUUUAGCAUCUCUCCGGAUGCCUUGUCCUGAGUUGCAGUCCCUCAGGCCCCCACUCACUUAUGUGGGCGCAUGGAAAGUGAAGUGUGGUAUGUAGUGUGGUGGGGUGCAAGCCCCUGGCCAGAUGAGGGUCUGGUGUGGGACAAGACCCUCCUCGACUCAGCCUCCCCGCUGCUGUGUGCCUGGGGUGUUACAAGAUACAUGUCACUAUGCUAUUUCUGGCCCCAGCAGGAGCCUGUACCGGGUUAUUUUUGUUCCUGCUCCUCCCAGGCUCAGCUCAGGACUGGCUUACCCCUGUGUCCCUGCCCACUAUAGAAGGUUCAGGGCUCCUAAAGCUAAGGUCUCAACGCCAGUCUUGGUCCUCCAUGAUUCAUCUUGCCACAAGCAGACAGGUAAUUGGGAAAAAGCAACCCCCAAGUUGGGAGCCUAUUGCUAUUUCUGUAGCCACUAAGAAAUACCUGGCCAGGCCCCAGCCCUGUUCGUGCCAUGCUGAAGAAUCCUGCCAGCCAGGGAGAAGGUGGGUGUCAGAGCCUGGGAGCUGAGGGGCCCACACAGACACGGCAGGAUAAGUUUACCUAGGCUCGCCUCCUUAUGGCAGGCUUGUCGAGGAAGGGGGACUAGAAGGAGGCAAAUGACUGGAGACCUUGCUGGUCCUGUUCAGACAUGUGUCCCUGUCCUCUAGCAUUGACUACAGCCUUCUGCAGAGAGAGAGAGAGAGAGUCAGGACUGCUGCCUCGGUUUGUCCCCCCUGAGGGGCUGGGGAGUGGGGCGUUGGGCAAACACUGAUAUACCUGGCUGAGAGGCUGAAAAGGGUCCUGUGCUUGCCAAACAAGAUGCACUUCAGGCAAAUCUCUGCUCCUGGCUCCCCAUGGGCAGCUGUGAGUCACUUUGUCUGGGGGAUGCUGGUGGGUAGCAAUGUCUUGUCUCGGUUGCUAGAAAAAGAAACCUUGGAAAGUUCAGCCCUGUGAAGGAAAGGGAGGCCCCCAAGGCAAAGAGGCCCUUGGGCUUGACCUGAGCCUGGACUCUCAGAGCAGUGCGGUGUCCUUGCCCAGAACUCCACUGCCCCAUUGUCAAUAAAGCCUCCCAUCUGUGACCUGAACUCUGGGCUUUUCUUGCUGGGGAGGCAGUGGCCCAUGCCACUGGAAAAAAAAAGGGCACUGCCAGAGUCUGCCACCCAACAUAGCCCCGGCAGGCAAGAAGCCAGGAAAGCUACUUAGACCAGCUCUGAUUCCCUCACCUCUGGAGACCGUCAUCCUCCCACCUCAGGUCCACCCACCCACCCACCCACCCACUCUCAGUCUGUCUGGCCAACUUGACCAUUUGACAUCCACCAGACAUAAUAGUCAAGGGCCUGGCUUCCCUCCCGAGACUCUGCUGGAAGGCUGAGGUACCCAUGGGGAGGGCCAGGGAGGUUAUAGGCUUUAGGGUAUUGAUUGGUUCAAAUCCUGGCUCCAGCCAAACAGCUCUGUGACUCAGUUGUCUCAUUCAUGUUAAUAGUCCCUACCUCAUUAAGUUGAGCAGGUGAAAGCACAUGUAUACAAGCUUCAGAAGUGCCUGGUCUCUAACAAGUACUCAAUAAAUGUUAACUGUCGUGAUCAUUGCUGA